AUGUGCAACGACAAUAUAACGUUAUCGACACUGUCGUUAAAAGUUACAGAAUAGGCCUACAGAUCACCGUGUUCAGUUUGCACUUUAAAAAUCCAAUAGAUGCAGAAAUCGAUGAACAAGGAUCCGAAGGGCAGUAGAAGGAUUGCACUGGAUUGGUUUCAGUUUUGUAAAGGUAAGUAAAAGGCCCAUGCGCGACAACAGAAACCUAGAUUCCUAAUAUAUAAUGUUUGAUAUAACAAGAUAAUAAUUUUAAAUUAUUCUGUUAUAGGAUCCGUAAUGCCUAAACCUCAACCAGACAAUCCAAAACCCAGAGUUUUUAGGUUGCCGAAAGAUAAUGCUGUAUAGAUAUCGAUUUAACAGUAAUAGUCAUGAUAUCGUAUGGGAACGCCUUAAGAGGUUGAAAGAGAAUACAAAUUUUGACGGUAUUGUUGGGGUCAAUUUAAGAAGAAACAAGGAAACAAAAGACUUAGUUCUAGAUUACAUCGACGGCAUAAAGAGAUUCGUUGAUGUAACGGAUUACUAAUUAUAAUGUAUCUAGUCCUAAUACUUCCCAGGUUUAAGAUCGUUGCAAAACAAGAAGAAUUUGCAAGAGUUACUGAACAGAAUAAACUCAGCGAGAGGUUUGUUAGAUAGCAAACAGCCGCUAUUUUUAAGAAAUUGGUUCCUGGCCUGUCGACUUCUGAGCGACAAGACGUGGCAGACGUAAUUUUAGGUCAGAAAUCCAAAGUUGAUGGUUUAGUCUUGUGCAAUACCACGAUUACGCGACCAAACUUGACUAAUCCGAACAAAAAGGAAAGUGGUAGCCUUAUUGAUGCACCUCUUAUAAACAUUUCUACAGCUAUGAUAUUCAAUAUGUAUAGACAAACGCGCGGCAGCAUCCCAAUUAUUGGUGUUUCCUCCGGGAGGAAAAACGCUUACGCCAAGAUCAGAGCUGGUGCUUCGCUAGUGCAACUUUAUACCUCGUAUAUACAUAUACAAUGGACCGCCAAUAAUUGGCAAGAUCAAAAGGGAAUUAUGUAAACCAAUGGACUUAAAACCAAUGGAUUUUCUUCUGUAACCGAUGCAAUAAACAAGGACGUUAAGAGUAAAUAGAUUUUUUAAUAAUACGUUUAUACGCACAUAUUUUGAUAAAAAAAUAUUUAAAACAAUUAAAAAGAAAAACACUCAGAAUCAAAAUAACAAAUUUACAACAUCCAAAUUCUGUACAUCCAAACUAUUCUUUUUAAGAUCUUUUGUAUUAAUACUCUAUGCACCAAUAAUCGUGGUGGCUUACAUUGGCAAUGUUUUUUUAUAAUUAUUCUUGGGAUCUUAAUAUGGAUUGUUUUUUCUGCAGUGCCUGUGGUAGAAAUGAGUAUGGAAGUAAGAGAAAGAAUGUGAAGAUAUUAUAUAGCAUGUGAAGAUAGCAUUGAGAAAAUACAAUUUAAACAAAACUGCUAAUUAUCAUCACAAUCUAUUUGUUGUGUAUAUCACAGUCUAUUUGUUUAUUUGCUAAUUAAAAGUGUCAUAUACAAAAUAUAGAAUAUACCUGAACAAUUUGUUGACAUUGACAAUUACUGCUCGCAAUUUUUAGAAAAUUAAUGCACUAAAUUCAAAACUAGUCAUAAGUUUUUAAUAAAAACAAUAUAUUCGUAUCUGUAUAAAAAAUAUAUUGCAGCACGAUCAACAACGGACAAUAUAUAUAUUGGAAGUAAAAUAAAAAGUACUCCCUCCUUUUUCCAAUUCGAUCUUUGCCCCACUCCUCCAUAUAAAGAGACUGUUUAAUAUUUAAAGUAACUGUCUUUCAAAAAAUAACAAGGUAUUUCUGUAAAUGCUAAAUUGUGCAACGUCAAUAAAAUAUGAAACGUGAAAGCAAAUGUCGCAGAGGAUCAAUUCAUAUUAUGGACGAAGACCAAUUGAGUAUCGUGCAAGCGUGGACAAUUGCAUAAUGUUAUGGAACGACGAUAUCACAUAUGCCAUGACUCCCUUCAAACUCUUGACUCUGCCAUUAGGCGUUUGGCCUUUGCAAAAAUAUAACACAUUUUCUUUAUUCCGAUCUAUUGCGAGCGGUAUAAGUAUGACCGUCAUGACGAUCAUAUUGUUCCUCGAAAUCAAUUUUGGUAGCGGCGAUGCUUAUGUGAAACUCGAUGCUCUUAUGCUUAUGUCCUGCACUGUUCUUUGUGCACUAAAGGUAUUGUCAUUCCGCUUAUAUGCCGACAAUAUGAUUCGCAAUUUCUCUUCUGCCGUGAAAGAUUACCUCGCGAUCGACAACGAGAGGACGCGCACCAUCAUGCGACGGCACGCAUUCAUGGGAAGAAUGAUUUGCUACAGUAUUAUAUUCAGUACUUAUGCCGCGUCAGUAAUUUUUUUUCUGCUACCUAUAAUAGCAGAUGACGGUGAGGAUAUCCAAAUUAAUGUAACAAUCAAGAAUCAAGGCGCGGAAUUACCUGUGCCCAUAACAUUUCUAGGGGACCUCCACAUUCCUACGAUUUUGUACUUCACGAUCAAUACGAUGCAAUUAUUCAUGUUGAUAUUUAUUGGUACUGGCAAUUGUGGCAGUGAUUCACUUUUUCUUGGUAUCACUGUCCAUCUAUGCGGUCAAAUGGAACUUCUAAAAGUUGAGUUUUUUAAAUAUGGCAUGAAAAGCGGAAACUUAAAUAAGGAUUUUUCAGUAUUGGCAUCAAGACACUCUUAUCUAAUAGAGCAUGCAAAAUUUCUAACAGAAGUAAUAAGUUCCGUUUUGCUUGUGCAAGUUUUUAGCAGUUGUCUUAUUAUUAGUUUAAUAGGUUUCCAACUUAUCAUAGCAUUGAAAGCGCAUGACGCAGUAAUGAUUAUUAAAUCCGUAACAGUGUUGAGCAGUUUGUUAUUACAAUUAUUCUUAUACAGUUUUGUGGGCGAUUAUCUGAAGUGUCAAAUGGAAGAAAUCGCGGAUUCGAUUUACGGCUGCAAAUGGCAUUCAUUACAAACAAAAUUGAUGAGGAAUGUUGUGUUCGUCACCAUGCGGUCGCAACGACCAGUUCAGUUGUUUGCUGGCAAAUUUCUUGUUGUAAAUCUCAAAACAUAUAUGACAAUAUUAAAAAGUUCGCUCUCGUAUUUGUCUGUCCUACGAGUGAUGAUGGAUGCGUAGAGCGCAGGUAAUUAAGGGGGCAUAUAUGUUUGAAGCCACAAAAAAGAAGACAUUUUUCAUGAAUUUUUUUCAGAACCAAAAAGAAAACUAUAAAUAUGAGACUUUUUGCAUAGUAAAGUAACAUUUUGUAAUUCUUAUACAAAUUUUAUUACAAUGAUUUUGUUGAAAAAUGUUUCCGCUUCACGGUUGCGUGUAGUGAACCGUACAUGUUUCCACGGUGACAAUGAUUUCUGCUUCCCUGUUCAACCGAAAUACAAAAACCAAAUGUUAUCUUAAAAAAGAAUAACUUUUCUUGUCAUUAUUAUAUCCAAUUUUCAAAAGUCGAAUUUAAAACAAAAUGGCGGUCCUUUAAAGUUAGAGUGGCAAAAUUUUUCUGUUUGUAAAAAAAAAUACAAAAAUAUUCGAUAUUUAAAUUUAAAUAUCGAAUACGACAACAAGGAAAUUUAUUCUUUUUUAAAACGCCGUUUAAUUUUUGUAUUUUGGUUGAACAGAGAAAGAGAAGUUAUUGUCACCGUGGAAACAUUGACUAUACGGCACGAUUGACUAUACGACAGUGGAGCGGAGGAAUUUUUCAACAAAAUCAUUGUAUUACACUUUAUAGAAUAUAAAGUGUUCUCUUUUAGUUCUUAUAAUACACUUAUAAGAACUAAAAGAUGUACUUUAUUAUACAAAAAAUAAUUUUUAUAGUUUCUUUCUUAGCUCUGAAAAAAACUCAUGAAAAAUGCCUUUUUUGCAGCUUCAAAUAUAUAUGCCCUUUUAAUGUAAGGUUAAAAAAAGUAAAAAAGGGUAACAGUGUACACACGUAAGCAAUGUCAAUUUGUAAAAUUAUUGCAUGACACAAAAUAUUAAUUCUAAGUUAAAUAAUAAACUUAAAAUAAAUAAAAUUUUUGGUUUUAUUUAUUAAUUUUAUUAUUGUUAUUAAUUAUUAUUUAAUUUUUUGGGUACAUUUUGCAAACAUGUUAUACAACGCAAUGAAAAAUUUUGUAAUGACACUUUUAAUUGCGAAACUAUGUUAUUUAAUUAUAUAAAGAAGUCGUUAAUAUUAGAACAGGCCUUUUUUUAUUUCUUAAAAAUUAAAUUGUACUUUGCAUUAAUAAUGGUAUAGGCUGUGUAAGAGUAUGGUCAUUUUCGUAAUAUUUUCAUUAUUAGGUAAUGAGUUUUAGUGGUUAAUUAACACCUUGCAACUAUGUUAGUGGCGCUAAUAAUAUGCAAAUACACAAUGACCGACAUUUGUUAUAUUAAGACAUUUCUGUUACAAGACUUUUGAGUACUUCAAAACUUUUUUUUAAAACUUUAAAAAAUAUUUUAACAUUUAAUAUAAAUUGCACAUAUAUAAUUUUUAAAAAUUCUUAUAUAAAAAGUAUAUUAUUAUACGUUGUUAUUUGUAGUUUCCAUUUGUAUGUGUUACAGGUUUUUUUAGUACUGCAGUCUAGAUGCGGAAGGCUUAUGUACAUUAUCUACAUAUUGAACAAAUAUAUAAUUUUAUAAAUAUAUGAAUAAAGGUUUAGAACAAACUAAAUUUGGAUCUAAUGUUUAAAAUUAUAAUUUAUCUAACUUAAGAAAAAAAAACAAAAUAAUGAGACAUUUCAACUUAACUGAGUCAUCCACAGUUGCAAGUAUAAAAUGUCUAUUAUAAUUUAAAAUAUUGUCAUGAUAAUUUAUCGGAGUGUGUGUAAAAAGUCAAAAAUUGAUAAAAACAUAUAAAUUAUAAA